CUUAAGGUGGGCCAUGGCAAAUACCUCCUACCUGCCCUAGAGAAGGCCAAAAACUGUGGGCUGAAGUUGUCACUGCACCUAUCAGAAGUUCCAUCCCAGCUGGAGGAGUCAGAUUUGCUGUUGAAUCUUCCUCCAGACAGAAUUGGUCACGGCACCUUCUUACAUCCUGAAGUUGGUGGAUCUCAAAGCCUUGUUGACAAAGUGGUGAAGAACAACAUACCUCUGGAGCUGUGCCUGACCUCAAAUGUCAAAGGACAAACUGUGCCUUGUUACUCCAAACAUCACUUCAACUACUGGUACCAGCUGGGACACCCGAGUGUAAUUUGUACCGAUGACAAAGGAGUCUUUUGUACGGAUUUGUCUCAAGAGUAUCAACUGGCAGCUUCCACAUUUGGCCUCAGUAACGAAGACGUAUGGAAGCUCUCCCAGCAGGCCAUAGACUGCAUCUUCGCACCAGAGGAUGUGAAACAGCAGCUCAAACAGAAGUGGAAGGAGUUACAUCCUCAGGUGUUCAAGUGAUCCGUUCAGUGAAGCUUGAAGGCCAUCAUAUACCUCAGGUUUUAAUUUUUAAAAAAGAAUCGGUUUUACAUGAAGCUCUUUUAAGUAUUUAUAGAAAGAAUGACAUAAACUGAACUCUAAAAACACGGUGGAUUGUUUGACAUAAGUGAAAGUAAAUGAUACUUAUUUAGUA